CUGGGGAGCGGGAGCAGACUCAAGUCCUGCUGCUGGUGUCCACUCCUCAGAGACUACCUCUUUUCUCGUCUCCACCAUCAGAAGCAGAUUGUGGGUAACAUGGCUUGGGGAACCCCACAUCUGUUCCUGCCCCCUGUCCUACUGGUACUUUUGGCCUCAGGUUCCUGGGCAGAAUCUGCGCCUGAAGUGUUUCAUGGAGUGGUUGGGGAUACAUUUACUGUGCAAUGUGUGUACACUCCUGACCAGGGGCCCUACAGGCCUAAAUCCUGGUGUCUCCAGACAAAACCAGGUUGGUGUAAUAGAGUGGUUACCAGCUCCAAGCCCCGGGCCUCCGCUCAGGACUCACGACACGUGAUCUGGGAUGCACCAGACAUCGGCAUCGUCACCAUACUCACAAUUCAGAUGAAGGAAAAUGACACAGGAAUUUACUGGUGUGGAAGCUACAACGCUUCUUCAAACAAAAUCACUAUUUUCAAAAAAUUCAAUCUGAUAGUAUCUCCAGCCACCACCACUUCUCCUGUGAUGACCUCUACUUGGCUUCCAUCAACUACAGUUCCGGUGACUUCUCCAGAGGGGACUUUCGGCCCACCUUCCACCCAUGCCUCUGAGCCCAGCUGCCAGCACGCCUUUGGUCACCAUGUUGUGUGGACUCCUUGUGGCCAAGGUCCUGGCGCUGUGCUCCUGGGCUGGGGGUCCAGCUACUGGGAGCCACCUCUAGCCGUUGAGCACCACAGCCCUGUGCCCACGACAACUUCCAGCUCCUGACUACACCUGUGAUAAUCCUGCAUCUGAGAUCCACCAUCUGGACUGGAGCUGACUGGCCCCCCAUGGCCCCUUCCCCACUCACUCCAAAAUAGCCACCCAUGGAAGGUCUUGCUGCAUCUGGUUAGGUCCUCACUCUGUAGGCAAAAGUCAAGCCUAGCACCUCCUCUAACUCUGCCUCCUUUCCUUCUCUCUGGACUCUCCCAUUGCCUCACCACCUCCCCAAACUUGGCACUGUGAUUUCUCACCUUUCCUCUGUUUCUUGCCUCUGCACUACUCGAGGGUCCUAGUAAUGUAUUUCCUCUUUUCCUAACAUUCAAGCCUUUGAAAUGAACUGUACUGGGGGAAACGGAGGGAGAUGACAAGUGAAUCCCAUUGACUUUCCUCUCCUUCCACCCUAGGUGUCUUAAAAUGAAAUAAA